AUGCCAAAGAAGAGGACAACAAAGCGCGCUGAACUACCCAAUAAACGCACCACUAGAGCAAAGACGCUUAAAGGAGACGAAAAUGAGCUGGGAGAAUCUGUGUUCGAGGCUGAGGUCAACGACAACGACAACGUAGACGGAAUGGGUAAUCCUAGCGCGAUUCACGAUCAGAAAGAAAAUCAGGAACCACAAAGCGAGGGUAGCAAAAACCCAGGUGAUAAAAAGCCCCUCUCACCUAUACUUGGGCUUGAAAACCCACUGAUUACGCCAUCAAAGCGUUUAUUUGAUAGCCCGGAGCGCCCCACACUGCUUUCCCCUACAAAGGCGCGUCAAGAAUUCAGGCUACCUUCGGAGGCUGCCGUGUCGCAGUUAGUUCAGCGUAAGGACUUGAAGACGCUUACGAGUAUCCUCAACGAUCUAACUACAUCCAAAACUGAAAAAAUGUUUCAAGAUUACAAAAAGCUAUCCGAACGAAAGCAUCAGACUAGUGAGACGCUAAUCAACAACCUGACAAAAGAAAACCAAAAACUACGUUUGAGUAUCAAAUCGUUGCAGGCGAGCAAGCAGAAUUCCAAGGAGACGGAUUCAUUGAGACGGCAAAUUGAGACCCUCAAACGUGAGAACACACGUCUAAGCUCCGAAAUUGAGUCGCUGAGCGCGAAACGCGGCUCUAACCAAUCCGAGAUUGACAAUGCAGUGGCAGAACUGGAUCUUAUGGGCACGAAAUUGGAGAUCACUGAACUGUUAACAGGCCUCACAUGCCAGGAAUACAUCGAAGACGCUGAGAACAUGAUAUUCAAGAUGAAGCAGCAGGGAGAGACUUGUUUUUUGAUUUAUCAACUUUUGAUCAGCAAGACGGGAGCCGGAGAGAUUGUUUAUAUUCCAAUCUUCAAGCAAGAGGAGAGCCAAUCGGGGUCAGAGCGCAAUGAGUGGAUGGAGAAUGUCAAGAAACUUGAAAAAGUUCUGCCGGAUUAUCUGCUGGACAAUCUGACAUUCCCAGCCAAUACACUCUACAACUUCUAUAACAAGUUGGGGAGAUCACUCAACAAGAAAGUGGAAUAA